CCUUUUAAAACCCCCUCUUCUCCCUCACUCUCUCCUCAUAACAUUUCCAAGCUGGCUAUCUCUCCCAUCUUCCCCACCACACCACACCACCAACCAAACCUCACUCUCUAUUUUUUCCUAAACCCUUCUCUCACACCCUCUCUACACCACAAUCAUGGGAGCUUUUCGCCACUUCCAACCAAUCUCAAAAUGCACCACAGAACAAAGAUCAAACCAAACCGUGGCCUCAGACUUGGAUGGCACCCUCUUAGUGUCUCCAAACGCUUUUCCUUAUUACAUGCUUGUUGCCAUUGAAGCUGGUAGCUUCCUAAGAGGACUUGUCCUCUUAGCAUCUGUCCCUUUUGUAUACUUCACAUACAUUUUCAUUUCUGAAACUCUUGCCAUCAAGUCUCUGAUCUUCGUGACCUUCGCAGGCUUGAAGAUCAGAGACAUUGAAAUGGUGGCAAGGUCCGUGUUGCCGAAAUUCUAUGCCGAGGAUGUGCACCCCGAAAGUUGGAGAGUGUUCAACUCUUUUGGGAAGCGUUACAUUGUCACGGCUAGUCCUAGGUUGAUGGUUGAGCCUUUUGUUAAGACCUUCUUAGGGGCUGAUAUGGUGCUUGGGACUGAACUGGAGACAACAAAGUCAGGUAGAGCAACUGGGUUUGUUAAGGAACCUGGUGUGCUUGUUGGUGAGCACAAAAAACAAGCUCUUGUCAAGGAAUUUCAGUCUAAUUUACCUGACUUGGGACUUGGAGAUAGUGAAAGUGAUCAUGACUUCAUGUCCAUUUGCAAGGAAGGGUAUAUGGUGCCAAGGACUAAACGUGAACCACUACCAAGAAACAAGCUUCUAAGCCCAAUUAUUUUUCAUGAGGGUAGGUUUGCUCAGAGGCCAACUCCUCUAGCUGCUCUCUUGACCUUCCUAUGGCUACCAAUUGGCAUAAUACUAUCUAUCAUGAGGGUCUACCUUAACAUCCCUUUGCCUGAAAGAAUUGCAUGGUACAACUAUAAGCUACUUGGAAUAAGAGUCACUGUGAAAGGUACCCCUCCACCACCCCCAAAGAAAGGUCAAAGUGGAGUCCUUUUUGUUUGUAACCACCGCACAGUUUUAGACCCAGUGGUUACAGCAGUUGCACUUGGAAGAAAAAUUAGUUGUGUCACAUAUAGUAUAAGCAAAUUCACUGAAAUAAUUUCACCAAUUAAAGCUGUGGCACUCUCAAGGGAAAGAGAGAAAGAUGCUGCCAAUAUCAAGAGAUUGCUUGAAGAAGGUGAUUUGGUUAUUUGCCCUGAAGGUACAACAUGUAGAGAACCAUUCCUCUUGAGGUUCAGUGCACUUUUUGCUGAACUAACUGAUAGGAUUGUCCCAGUUGCUAUCAACACAAAACAAAGUGUGUUUUAUGGGACAACAGUACGAGGACACAAGUUGUUGGACCCUUACUUUGUGUUCAUGAAUCCCAUGCCCACAUAUGAGAUCACUUUCUUAAACCAGCUUCCCAAAGACCUCACUUGCAAUGGAGGAAAAUCAGCAAUUGAAGUUGCAAACUACAUUCAAAGGGUCCUUGCAGGGACUUUGGGAUUUGAGUGCACCAAUUUAACAAGGAAGGACAAGUAUGCAAUGCUUGCAGGAACAGAUGGAACAGUUCCAUCUAAGAAGGAGAAGGCUUAAAAGGGAGAGGAACAAAUUAAGCUUUUCCCUUUUGAUUAUUCUGUAUUGGUGCCGACUGUGUUUCCAAAACUCAUAGAACUAUGGUAUUAAUAAAAACUGAUUGUGAUGAUGCCCAUGAAAAAAUAACAGUUUAUGUAUAUUUUGUUUUUUUUUUUCUAUAUAUACAAAUUAUAGCUUGUUAUUGAAUCAUUCCUGAAAUCCGGUACAAUUUUUUUGCCUGAGGUUUUACAUAUACAGUCUGUGUCAGUACGAAUGUGAGAUGGGCAUGGGAGAUGUAAGACAGAUGAA